AUGGGAACGCUGGACACAUCCGUAGUCUGCCUACCCUUAUUUACUCAUCAACGUAAAAAGGAAAAUGUCUCGUUUGGUCGUCACUCAAUUCCUCCAAGUGUUGCUGAUGUGCAUUUAGGAAAGGAAAUGUUUGAAAUUUUCAAACUUUUCUUCACAGAUGAAAUCAUAAGUCACCUAACAGAACAAACAAAUUUGUAUGCUCAUCGAGACAAAAACAACAAAGACUUCUGUGUUGAUGAGAAUGACAUGAUGAAGUUUUUGGGACUUCUCUUGAUCAGUGGAUAUCACAGUGUUCCCUCUGAAAAUGACUACUGGUCAUCAAGCGAAGACUUGGAAAUACCAAUAUUCGCCAACACUAUGUGCAGAGAAAGGUUCAAAUCCAUCAAGAGGUUCUUUCAUGUGGCUGAUAAUAACAAUUUGGAAAAUUCAAAGGUGGCCAAGAUUCUGCCCCUCCUUCACAUGCUGAGAAAUAAUUGUCAAAAACAUGGAAUUUUUCAUGAAUUUCUCAGCAUUGACGAAUCAAUGAUCCCGUACCGCGGACACCACAGCGCCAAACAGUUCAUCAGAAACAAACCUGUUAGGUUUGGUUACAAGAUGUGGAUGAUGUGCAGUGCUGACGGUUAUCCUUAUAACUUUUCUAUUUAUUGUGGAAAAGAUAAAAGCAAGAAGGAGCUUUUAGGCUAUCAAGUUGUCAUGGACAUGCUACAGCCAGUGGUGAAUAAAGAUGAACAUGUUGUAUUUUUCGACAACUUUUUCACUAGUCACGCAUUGAUGAUUGACCUUACAAGCAAUGGGUUUAGAGCCUGUGGAACAAUCAGAGAUAACCGCACAGGAAAGUGCCCUCUUCUAUCAAAGAAAGAACUUGAAAAAAAAGAAAGAGGUUCAUACGACUACAGAUCGGAUGAUUCCGUCCUAUGUUCUAGAUGGAAUGAUAACAGCAUUGUUACAGUAGCUAGCAACUACUAUGGAGUCAGUCCUAUGCAAAAAGUAAACAGAUGGGUAAAAAAUGAAGGAAGGAAGGCAAUAAACCAGCCACAUAUGAUAAAAAUGUAUAACAAAGGAAUGGGUGGUGUAGAUGUUUGUGACCAGAUGCUGUCAACCUACAGGCCAAGACUACGCUCCAAGAAAUGGUGGUGGAAUAUUUGGUCUCAUCUACUGAACCUCUCCAUUGUAGCUAGUUUCAGAUUCUACCAGCAUGUAAAUCCUGGCUCUCAGAUCAGCCAUAAGGAUUUCAGGCGUGAAAUAGCUCGCACACUUGCAAGAAUCGAAACACCAAGAAAACGAGAAGGUGGUCCAACAUCCUCUGUACCAAAAGCAAUAAGAUAUGAUAAUGUAAACCACUUUCUUCAGGAGUUUUCAAAAGGUAGAUGCUAUGUAUGCAAGAAAAACACACGUCUGAAGUGCAUCAAGUGCGAGAAAACACUUCACAAGGCGUGCAGUAUCAACUUCCAUAAGAAAUGA